GUCAAAACAAAUCCGUCAAACGGUUUUCAACUUGUUUGCCCGUUCGUUUCGUGUGUGAUUAUUCGUCGUACGGUACCGUUUUUCGCUCAUCGCCCCAUUAUUGGCUCUGCGCGCUGAUAACAAGCUAAUCCGAUUACAUUUUAGUCAGUUUUCACCGUGAAUUUUCCGGAUCAGUCAUCUGCGUGAAUCCAUUUCGCAACGAAAUGCGUUUGAGAAUCAGCGGCUGAGACGACGACCGACUGCGCGCGAACAAAGAUAAGUAGGAGCAGCAGCAGCACCAGCACUCAGCAGGGUAUCUUGACUUGAGCUGACGACGAGGGCAAAGGUGAAGCCGCGAUUAGCUGCAGAGGGAAUAAUUAAACCACACAGACAGGCACGGACGGCUACUGCUGGUUGCGGAAUUGUGUGUCAUCUUUUGCGAUCGACUGCUAGUCACCAAAGAAACCAUACCCACCAAUCAUGGGUCAGACGUUGUCGGAGCCGGAAACGUCGAAGGAGUCGGCCUUCUGCCAGAAUGACUACUACAAGGUGGGCUCGAGCUGUAUGCAGGGUUGGCGCAUCCACAUGGAGGACUCGCACACGCACAUCCUCUCGCUGCCGGACGACCCAGGGACGGCAUUCUUUGCCGUGUACGAUGGCCACGGGGGAGCCAACAUCGCCCAGUACGCCGGUAAGCAUUUGCACAAGUUUGUUACCAAGAGGCCAGAGUACGGGGAGGACGUGAAGCAGGCUUUGCAGCGGGGAUUCCUGGACAUUGACGAGGCCAUGCUGAACGAUGAGUCGUUAAAGGAGCAGAUGGCCGGAUCGACGGCCGUUGCCGUAAUGGUCAAAAACGAUAGGUUGUACUGUGCAAACGCUGGGGAUUCAAGGGCCAUUGCGUGCAUUAAUGGGAAGCUAGACGUGCUGUCCUUUGACCACAAACCGAACAAUGCCACCGAGCUGGAGAGGAUAAAGCGGGCGGGGGGUUAUGUGGAAUACAAUAGGGUCAAUGGGUAUUUGGCACUUUCGAGGGCUCUAGGGGAUUUCAGUUUGAAGCGUAACAGCGACAAGCUGGCAGAGGAGCAGGUUGUGACGGCCUACCCGGACGUGGAAGAACGGGAGGUGACGGAGGACUUCGAGUUCAUGGUUAUCGCUUGCGACGGCAUUUGGGACGUGCUGCCGAGCCAGUCGGUGUUGGAAUUCGUUAUGAAUGAGAUCGCCCAAGGUAUCUACCCGCAGAACAUUUGCGAGAACCUGAUGACCCGGUGCCUCGCUCCGGAUUGCCAGAUGGGCGGGAUUGGAGGGGAUAACAUGACGGUGAUCAUCGUUUGCUUCCUGCACGGACGGCCGUACGAGGAUUUGGUCAACCGGUGCAAGGAACACGUGGUCGAAAUGAACAAGAAGGUCUCGGAGAUGUUCAUCGAUCACGAGUCGAGUUUUGUCCCCCAGCAACAGCAGCAGCAGCAGCAGUCCAGUUCGAAGAGUUCUCCGAAAAAGGAUGGCGAAACUAGUGACCCGUCGCCGCUUUCCUCCCCCGAGCAAUCCCCGAAGGCGUCUCCCAGUGAAAAGACAAAACCUGCCGAUGGGCAGUCCUCGCCGGAUGAGGACGACGACACCAGCGAGGAACUGGAUCUGAAGUAGGCAGACAGCGUAGUAGGCCGCACCGCGCACGGCGUGAGUGAUCGUAGUAGAUAGAGUUUUCCAUAGGUUCCUUUGAUGCUCUGUUUUUCUCUUCUGUGGUUCCUUGCCGAUCAAUUGUAAAAUUCCCUUAGAUUGUUAAAAAUCCUGAUGACUGUUUUUAUUUUACUCUUA